AUGGUCUCGCGAUCUGCCGAAGGGAACGAGGGGCAGCCCCGUCCUCUCACCCCCUCCUCGAGAACCCCCGGGACCCCGAUAAAGCCGCGAUUGACCCGAGCCGGAACGAGUCCGACGAAACGGGAGGAAAAGCCGAAGGAUGACAAGCUCAAGUCGUCGGCGAAAGAUGUCGCGGAGCUCAAGGACUAUCAACUGGGCGACUGCCUGGGCAAGGGAGCGUUUGGCUCUGUGUAUCGUGCGCUGAAUUGGAAUACCGGAGAGACUGUUGCUGUCAAGCAAAUCAAGCUGACGGACCUCCCAAAGAGCGAACUGCGCGUUAUCAUGCUGGAGAUCGACCUCUUGAAAAACCUUGAUCAUCCCAACAUCGUGAAGUACCACGGGUUUGUCAAGUCUGCGGAAACCCUCAACAUUAUUCUCGAAUAUUGUGAAAAUGGCUCACUGCACUCCAUUGCAAAGAACUUCGGACGUUUCCCCGAGAACCUCGUGGGUCUCUAUAUGUCUCAGGUCCUCCAUGGCUUGUUGUACCUGCAUGAGCAGGGAGUCAUUCAUCGGGAUAUCAAAGGUGCGAACAUUCUGACCACCAAAGAAGGCCUGGUCAAACUGGCAGAUUUCGGUGUUGCCAGCCGAACCACGGGACUCAGUGAAUCAAGUGUGGUUGGCACACCAUACUGGAUGGCACCUGAAGUCAUCGAGCUUUCCGGCGCAACAACUGCCUCGGAUAUCUGGAGUUUAGGAUGUACGGUCAUCGAGUUGCUGGAGGGCAAACCGCCAUAUCACAACAUGCAGCCUAUGCCAGCAUUAUUCCGUAUUGUUAAUGAUGACCAUCCUCCUUUCUCGCAGGGCGCUUCACCGGCCGUGAAAGACUUCUUGAUGCAGUGUUUCCAGAAAGACCCGAAUCUUCGAGUUUCAGCCCGGAAGUUACUCAAACACCCAUGGAUUGUCAAUGCCCGGAGAACUGAAUCGGUGAUUCCCAAGAAAUCUACAGAAUACGAGGAAGCCGUCAAGAGUGUUCAGGAAUGGAACGAGGCUUUGAGAUCACCUGAAGCAGGCACCUCAAAAAGAAAGCCAAAGCCUGAAAACCCGCCUAACCCAGGCCUGCCCUCCACCAGAAACAACCCUCUGGUAGAUACCCUACCAUCUCCAACUUCCAUAAAAGCUACAGACCGCUUUAGAUCGCCUACCAUUCCUGGCGAGGACAACUGGGACGAUGACUUUGCCUCUGCUAUUUCCCCAAGCGCACUUAAGUUGCCGCAUCUCCGACCCCACGAUAAUUUCGGAGGCAUGCUAUCCUCUGAAAAGCUGAAGGCUUUCGCUUCCCUUGAUGGAACUAUCCUCAGGUCAGACGAAGGUUCUGACGGGUCAGAUGACAUUUCAGGGUUCUCGGACGAUGUGCAGACAAUCCGACCCUAUCCUUCUAAACCUUCGGUGGCAGACCCCUCUAAAUCUCAAAGUCCCACGCGCCCCCAGAAUAACACCAAUGCACCUGUUCCUACGAUGCAAAAUGUCCCAAUACUUGCUCAAAACCCCAUGCCAAGGCGCUCCCGACCACCUGCUCGUCCGGCCACCCUGUUCAAAGAGACCUCGGUUGACGAUUAUUCUGAUCUCAUCAUGGCCAAUGAGGAUGUAUUGGAUCGGAAACUCGGCGGUUACCAGGACUUUGACGAUGACCCAUCUUCGCCUAUUCAUGAAAACAUUGGCUAUAACCCCCCAGACGAGCAGUUUGGUUUCUCUCAACCGCAGUUACGCAAACAGCUUUCUGUGAAACGAGAUCGCUCUGCCAUCGAGAUCCAGAGGUUUGCAGAAAGUGAAAUGGAUGAAGACUUCUCUGACAUACUAGGGGCUGAUCAAGCCACUGUGGAUUCGACUGAUAGCGACGAUGGCUCUGAUCAAAGUACAUUGAUGCUGAACUCGAAGCUCAACAGUAACGCAUGGCUAGGCGACCAAGACGACGAAGAUGACCCCUUCGCUCAGUUGGAGGAAGGCUUCGACGAGGUCAACCUUGAAGAAAACAUUGCACGAGACAAAUACGCACGGCUCCGAAACCAAGUUGAAGGUCUUGUGGAUUCCCUCAAGACAUCACAAGACGAGGAAGUUCUCGCAGAUAUCUCUGAACAGCUGUUCAAUAUAUUUUGUGACCUUCCGGAGACCAAGAACAUCAUCAUCAGCGCUCACGGAAUUUUGCCCAUUCUCGAAAUUUUGGAUACAACUCGACGACGGGAUAUUGUGUUCUGCCUUCUGAGAGUUGUCAAUGCAAUCAUUUACGAUGACUAUGAGGUCCAGGAAAACCUCUGCUUCGUUGGGGGUAUCCCCAUCAUCAACGAGUUUGCGUCAAAGAAAUAUCCUCGCGAAAUCCGGCUAGAAGCUGCAGCUUUUGUCCAGCAGAUGUAUCAAACCUCAACUCUGACUCUCCAGAUGUUUGUCAGCGCAGGAGGCUUGAACGUUCUAGUUGAGUUUUUGGAGGAUGACUAUGAAGAUGAACGCGAGUUAGUCUUGAUUGGCGUGAACGGAAUCUGGAGUGUUUUUGAGCUGCAAGUAAGUGUUCUGUCGCCGUUUCCCAAGUGCUAUCCAGGUCUGACCACUCUGUCAAAGGGUUCUACACCCAAGAACGACUUCUGCAGAAUUUUGUCGCGCAACUCUGUUCUUGAUCCCUUGUCACUGGUCCUGAGCCGUGUGCUAGAUGAAGACGGAGAACUGGCAGAAAUAAUUGAGGGCCGCAUUGCCAAUAUCUUUUUCAUAUUCUCGCAGGCCGAGAACCAUGUCAAGGAGAUGGUAGCCGAACGGACAGUUUUGCACAGAGUCUUGAAAGAACUGAGGAGGAUGAGCCUCGUCCACCAAGUGACGAUGCUGAAGUUCAUCAAGAACCUGUCUAUGCUUUCGACUACCCUUGAUUCGUUGCAGAAUUCCAAUGCCAUCGACGUUCUGACUGAUAUCCUCAGAUCGAACCUGAAACGCGCACACUCCCGCGAGGUAUCGAAUCAAAUUCUCAACACUAUCUACAAUAUGUGUCGUCUAAACAAAUCUCGACAAGAGGACGCGGCGCUCAAUGGCAUGGUGCCACUUCUGCAGAAAAUUGUGAUGGAAGAGCGUCCUUUGAAGGAGUUCGCUCUUCCAAUUCUCUGCGACAUGGCACAGUCUGGAAAGGUCGGUCGCCGCGAGCUGUGGCGAAACAAGGGCCUCGGCUUCUACAUCUCCUUACUAGAGGAUCCAUAUUGGCAAGUUACUGCCCUGGAUGCUAUUCACACAUGGCUACAAGAAGAAACCGCCAAGGUUGAAGAACACCUUUUGGAGGGUAUUUUUGGAGAUAAAACCUUCACUGAUGCCGUCGUGGAAUGUCUUGAGCUUUCCAAGGCCAACGCAUUUGAGAACACCCUCGAGCCCCUACAGAAACUUCUGAGAUUGAGCCCUCAUGUUGCAUCCACUUUUGUGCGAGCUGAUUUAUUCACGAGAUUGAGACAAAAGCUCCAUCACAGCAAAGCAGCUGUUCGUUUGAACCUGCUCCGCAUAAUCGCCAGCAUCUGCGACUCCCACGAGGAAGGAGGCGGACUGCUCGCGACUUUUGGUCUUCUGGAUUCCAUUCGCAACAUGGAGAACGACCCUGCCAUUCUUGUCAGAGAUAUGGCGGGCAAACUUGUUCGCUCCAGCGAAGCAUUUGGCAUCAAAAGAAGACCGACGACAGCUCGGCGACAAAGCACAUCUACUCCUCCACCCAUCGUCUUCCCAGGAUCCUCUGCCCCAUCUACCCCUUCAUCCAACCGUACCGGUCAACCCAGAGGAUAUCUGGAUGGGCGCGAGACACCCCGACACCCACGCAACUCACUUAGCGUCUCUUCGCUGGCCAUGAGGCCCAGCAGUCGCGAUGGAAGCAACCCAGUCCUCGGGUCUGCCGUGAAUUCGAGCAAUGCGGCCGCAGCGAGACCUAGGUCGGCCCGACCUCUCCCUAAUCGAAUGUCUCAUGUGGAAAUUCUGCGCGAAGAAGAUAGCAAGGCCCCCGGCUCCUUGAGCCGUCGGCCCUCCAUCAUCCCACGCCGGCGCCGCCCUACCAUGGCUGAUUCUGAAUGGGCUUGA